AUGGGUUGGUUUUGGGCAGACAGCACACCUGCUGCGCCGGCUGCGCGCGUUGCUCCGCAUCCCAUGCCGCGAGGCAGUAUGGAGCCUCCCCCCGAAUGUCCAAUGCACAAGAAGCCCGCGCCGCCCGUUGUCGCAGAGAAGACCCCGCAAGGCGCCUGUCCCUACGUCCCACCUGAGAAAUCCUCCGCUGGUGCAUCGGAACCGCCACCAAAGACCGGCCUACUCGCCCGACUCAACCCUCUAAACAACAUGUUCUCGGACCUGUCCAACGAGCGCGCAGAGAAGCAAGCCCAAACCCUACCUCUUGAGCGCGAAACGUCUACGAUUCCCAAGGGCGACGGCUCGCUGUGGGAAUACCCCUCACCCCAGCAAAUGUACAACGCCAUGCUGCGCAAAGGAUACACCGACACGGACAUUACCGCCGUAGAAAGCAUGGUGGGCGUGCACAACUUCUUAAAUGAGGGCGCAUGGGCGGAAAUCAUGGGCUGGGAACGCCGCUUCUCUCGCGGCCUCGCCGAAGGCUACGAGAUCUGCAAGAAAGGCGAAGACGUAGCCAACUUCAUGCUCGGCACAGCCGAGAACCCAUUCGACACGACAACAUGGGACCAAAAGGACAUUCCGCCUCCAAAACUCCUCCGCUUCACCGGUCGCCCGACGGAGCCGACGCCAAAAUCCCAGAUCCUGCAGUGGCUGGGCUACGUUAUGCCAGAGAGGUUCGGUACUGCCCCGCCGUUUGACCGCCACGACUGGUUCGUCGAGCGCUGCAACGAAAAGGGCUGCAAGGAGAUUCGCUACGUAAUCGACUAUUACGAGGGUGCGCCCGAAGCCACGGGCGAGCCCGUCUUCUACCUCGACGUCAGACCUGCCGUUGAUGGGCCUACGAGUGCCGCUGAACGCCUGAUUAGAAGCGGUACUGAUCUCUGGUGGAGGGCAUCCGGAGGCGUCACGAGAGAAAUCAAGAGGCUCGAGGCUGAGAAGAAGGCUAAGGAAGACGAGUGGGCUGCUAAGAGCAGACAAUACAAUUAA